UUUUACCAAUCACAAAUCACAAUAUUCCCUUUUGGAAGCCAGAAAAAUACACACUCACAGAGGUACGUCAUACACGAGUGUCAUGGAAAUGUACAAGGUAUGACGUUUUAAUUGUCUGUUUUCAGGAUUUGUUAGACUGAAAAACACACAUGAUUAAAAGAAAAAGUACAAUGUUAUGAAAAAUAAUAAGUAAAACAGCAAAAUGGUAAAAGGAGUUACAAUAUAAAAUUGUAAUAUAGCUAGUAGCAUUUUCCAUGCUUCAUUUUCAUAAGAUGGAGCUGAUUUUAGCAAGUCUAUAUAAGGAGUUAUAUAUCUUUGCAUCUCUCCUCAAGAUACAAAAAUGGAACUUCAUAAUAUCCUUCUCUUCUGCGUCUCACUUUUCUGCUGGUUCUUUCUCAAAUCUUAUAUCCAUUCAAAAUCCAGAAAUCUACCACCUGGUCCCCCUGGUCUCCCCAUAAUCGGUUCACUACUAGAGCUAGGCUCAAGACCCAACCAAUCACUAGCCGAGCUUGCCAAAAUCCACGGCCCUCUCAUGACUCUAAAACUUGGUUCAGUCACUACCAUAGUAGCGUCCUCACCUGAAACAACCAAAGAAAUCCUCCAUAAACACGACGAAACUUUCUCAGCACGCACUGUUCCCAUUGCUGUCGCCGCCCAGCCAAACCCAGAAGCGACAGUGGCAUGGGUCAACGGUGAUCACUUGUGGAAGAAAAAGAGAAGAUUCCUUAGCACACAGAUGUUCAGUAACCACAGACUCGAUUCUCUCCAAGAACUUCGUCACCAAAAGGCUGCACAACUAGUAAAUCAUAUAAGGAAACAGUGUCAAACUGGUGCAGUUGUUGACAUAGGACGUGUUGCCUUUGCGACGACGUUGAAUUCAAUAUCAAACACCAUUUUCUCGACAGAUAUGGUGGAUCCAGAAUUCAAGACGGCUAACGAGUUCAAGGAAUUGAUUUGGACAGUCAUGGAGGGUUCUGGGGUACCUAACUUAUCUGAUUAUUUUCCGGUUCUAAAGCAGCUAGAUUUGCAAGGAGUGAAGCAUCGUAUAGAGCCAGCAUAUUUAAGGUUGCAUGAGAUGUUUGACGAAAUAAUUGAGAAGAGAGUAGAAGCUAGAACCUCAGGGAUGAAAAAGAAAGGCGAUUUGUUGGAUGUACUUCUUGAUCAUUGUGAAGAAGAUGCGUCCAGAUUUGGCAUAACAAUCAAGCCUCUUAUGGUGGAAUUAUUAAUGGCUGGAAGUGACACAUCUGCUAUAACAACAGAAUGGGUAAUGGCAGAACUCCUUCGAAAUCCUCAUGAGUUACAGAAAAUAAGAGAAGAAAUUCUUCAACAAAUAGGCAUAGAAAGGCCAGUAAAGGAAUCAGACAUUGAGAAACUUCCAUACCUCCAAGCAGUUGUAAAAGAAACCAUGAGACUUCACCCAACAGUUUCAUUACUCUUACCACAUAAAGCUCGAAAUGACAUAGAUGUAUUGGGCUACACUGUGCCCAAGAACACUCAAGUAAUCGUGAAUGCUUGGGCCAUUGGAAGAGACCCAAAGUCCUGGGAAAAGCCACUGGAGUUUAUGCCUGAAAGAUUCAUCAAAUCAAGUGUGGAUUACAAAGAUAGGAACUUUGAAUUUAUACCGUUUGGCGCUGGCCGGAGAAUUUGUCCCGGAAUGCCACUUGCUAUAAGGAUGGUGAAUUUGAUGUUGGCUUCUAUUAUUCAACCAUUUAGUUGGAAGCUACCAGAUGGGAUCUCACCAGAGAAAUUGAACAUGGAGGAACAGUUUGGAGUUAACGUGAGGAAGGUUGCUCCUCUUGUUGCCAUUCCUAGUAUGGAUUUUAAUAAGGUCAUCGUUUAGUCUAUGUAUGCGAUUUGCCACUGUUUCCACCUUAAUGGGAUUGUUCCUAUGAGGGAUGUGAUUGUGAGAAGUAUGUUUGUGUAAGGUAUGGGUGAUAUGUGUUUCAGAAUCAAGCAUUUAGUUGGAGACGAUAAACUUGAAAUAAGUAACGAACUGCAACAUCUUGGAUCACGGUUCUUAAUUUUUUUUAGUUACCCAUAUGUUUAAAACGUUGAGAACUACAAGUUAUGUCAACACUUUUUAGUACCAAUUGCCACUUUGAUUUGUGUGUGUCGAAUAGGGAUAUAUUGAGUGGUAGCAUAUGUUCAGAAGUUCUCUUUUAGUUUCA